UUUCAUUUACAAAGGUUUAUGUUAAAUCAAAAGAAAUAAAUCAUGAAAAAGACUAAAUUUAAUUUAUUUUAUUAAGAUAAACGAUAUAUAUUUUAUAAUAUUUCCAUUGUUAUGAUAAAGUGAUGAAAUCUUUCCGUAUUUUCCUUAUUCUUUUUAAUAAAUUUCGUUUGGGAACAGCGAUUGAUGUAAAACCGGUUGUAUCGGAUUUCGAAAGAAUUUCUCUGUAUAUGAGGCGUGGAUCUAAAGAAAAUGGGAUAUUUGAUAGGGAGUUAAAAAAAGAAUCGAAAUCAUCAGAAAAAAAAGUUUAUUUUUGGGGAUUUUUGACAUGUUUCAUUGUUUAUAUUAACUCUCUUGUUUUGUAUCUAUGGAGUAAGCUAAAAGGGGUUUAUAUAUAUAUAUAUUUCAUGAAAAAGGAAUUCUUUAAAGAACGUGAAGAUACAUCAUCCCGAUCUUGGUUAAAUAUUGCGGUUUAUUUUUUCUUAUUUCCAUAUUUUUGGAUUUCAAAUGGGAAAAAACUAAUUAAAUCAUCAUUUAUGUCAGAGUUUCCAUAUAAAGGAUGUUCUGACUUUAAAUCAUCACGUGAUUCAUCUAAUACUCAAUUAUCGACACAAUUAUUUGCUUCUCAAGCAGAGAAUUCCCUACUUUUCCAUAAUCAAGAUUCAUCUUCUAACUUAAUUCAUUUUAUGCUUUAUAAUAAAGAUGUUAUUGACAAAGAUAAUCUCAAAUCUCCAUCAUCAUCAAUGAUUAUAGAUAUGUCUCAGUGGUCAGAAUUUUUACAUACAUCUAUACCACGUCCUUUAUUUCCAAAAACAUUAAUGCCGAAGACUCUUAUUUUGGAUCUUGACGAAACAUUGAUUCACUCUUUGGUGAAAGGCGGAAGAAUUGCUACGGGACAUAUGGUAGAAGUAAUGUUAGGGAAGCAUGCUAUUUUGUAUUAUGUACAUAAACGUCCACAUUGUGAUAAUUUUCUAAAAAAGGUUAGUAAAUGGUAUAAUGUUGUUAUUUUUACGGCAUCUGUCCAAGAAUAUGCGGACCCGGUUAUUGAUUGGCUGGAAAAGGACCGCAAAUUCUUUAAAGCUCGAUUUUAUCGUCAACAUUGCACAUUUCGUAACGGUUCAUAUAUCAAAGACUUAUCAAUUGUACAUCCUGACCUUUCCAAAGUAAUCAUUAUUGAUAAUUCUCCUAUAAGUUAUUCUAUGCAUGAAGAUAAUGCCAUUCCUAUUGAAGGUUGGAUCAGCGAUCCUUCUGAUAAAAAUUUGUUGCAUUUGAUCCCUUUUCUAUAUGGUUUAAGAUAUGUCUUGGAUGUUCGUGCUCUUUUGGGACUUAGAACAGGUGUAUUCUCUUUCAAUACACCUUAAAUUA